GCUGGCAGCAUCGUUUGUUACACGCACUACCCACCCACAGUAGCAUUGACUGAUUGUGUGGACCCUAUUAGUAUUAAUGCAAGUUUCCGUUUUAAAAAAUCUGCAAAUACACGUGCUCAGUGUUAAGGAAAUAGUAUAAGUUUGUGGAACCAGUGUGUAGUGUUUGCAGUGAGGAGAAAUUUGUUAUCAGUGUGUGAAGUCUGCAGUAAGGAGAUGAUAGUAAUCGGUUUGUGGAACUAGUGUGCAGGGUUUAACAGUAAGAAUGUCUUAUGUUUGAAAAACUUCACCGACCCAUGGUACUGUUUGCCCGUAGCCCAGCGACUGUUGUCUUCAAGUGCGAGCUAAGCAUGGAACAGAUAACUCGUUAAACCUUUUACCAAUGCGGUGAUUUUUGCUUUGAACUUUGCUCUGAAAUCGUAUCACCAUGAGGAAGAAUUUUCUCUCCUGUGUCAACUUUAUUCUACUGGUUCCAUUGUUCUGGUUACCGCUGUAUAUGUAUUUACAUUUCGGAUACAACUCAUAUAAUGCAGGAGAGGUUCAUCCUUCUGCUUCUAGAACGAGUGGUAAUGCUUUCGAGGUCCAAGAAACGGACGCUGGAAUAUUUGAUCAGUUUGGAAGACAAGGUAAAGAGAACCAACGGGCGAUCCAUGCGGUGGAUGUGGCAGCAAUAAGCAACGACGAUUUACCGGGAGCAGACGAUACCCUAAAAUGGCGGAAAACGAAGCGUACGGAUUCGGCACAUUUGCAUAGCAACAGGGAAGUUGUCUCGCCAGUUAAGCUCACCGUUAAGAGAAAAUCUGGAAAGGAUGCUCUUGGAGAUCCAAUGAUUGGGGAAGAUUUUGCAGAUAAUAAAUCAGUUUUUCGUCACUUGAAAAGAACGUUCGGUUCAUCAAAUAAGAAAACAUUAAAGGACAUCAGUUCAUUCAAUCGCGAUGUCUUAGACAGACAUCAUCCAGAAAAGAACUUCACUGUUACCCAUGUUGACACGAGAUUACCUUAUGAAAAACCUGUUUACCGUUGGUCGAAGGAUGGGCCUGGAGAAAUGGGCAAAGCCGUGCCCCUCACACCGGAAGAGCAAUACAACGCCGACCUGACCUUUGACCUGAACAGAUUCAACGUUGUCGUGAGUGACAGGAUCGCACUAAACCGUACUCUGCCUGACGUCAGACCGCCAAGGUGCCGCAUGUUAAGAUAUCCGAAGUACCUCCCCAGGACCAGUGUGAUUAUCGUGUUCCAUAACGAGGCUUGGAGUACACUUCUUCGGACGAUAACCAGCGUCAUCAACCGGUCGCCAUCUUGGCUGUUGCAGGAGAUUAUUCUCGUAGACGAUGCCAGUGAGGUGCACUGCGACUGGUUGCAAGAGCCGUUGGAGAGAUUCGUAACGGGUCUGCCCGUCCCAAUCCGGGUGGAACGUCUGGGUACGCGACAAGGGAUCGUAGCCGCCCGUCAUGUAGGCGUGGCUAUGUCUAAAGGGGAGGUAUUGACUUUCUUGGACUCUCAUUGUGAAUGCACAAAGGGAUGGCUAGAACCACUACUGGAAAGGAUAUCUAAAGACAGAACACGUGUAGUGUGCCCAGUUAUUGACUCCAUCAGCGAUACCACGUUUGAAUACUCGAUGGUCCACGGUAUGGCCCUGCUUGGUGGUUUCUCCUGGCUACCAGAGUUCCUGUGGACUGAAGCAUCAACCAGGGAGCAGCUCAGAGUCAAUUACGAUGUCAACUCACCACUCAGGACCCCGACCAUGGCCGGUGGUCUGUUCUCCGUGCACCGUGAAUUCUUCAAUCACCUUGGCGGAUACGACAAGGGAUUGACGAUCUGGGGAGGUGAGAAUCUACAACUAUCAUUCAAGGUUUGGCAGUGUGGUGGAUCUAUAGAAAUCGUGCCCUGCUCCCAUGUUGGUCACAUCUUCCGUACAGCCACGCCCUAUGUCUUUCCCCUCGGUGCCGAGACCACGAUCCUCCAUAACAAUCGACGCGUGCUGGAGGUUUGGACGGACCCGUUCGUCAGGGAGUUGUUUCUCGCAAUGACUCCGGCCUACCGCACCGUGGACUACGGGGAUGUCACCGGGGAAAAGGCGACGAGAGACGGCCUGGGUUGCAAGAGCUUCCGGUGGUACCUCGAUAAUGUAUACCCGGAACAUACUUUGCCCUUGGAUUUCCAAGCCCUUGGUGCAAUAAAAAAUAUUGGCGUCAACGUGUGCCUGGACGUGAUUGCCUCGCGGAAAGACGGCAAAAGAGGCGAGGAAACCGACGCAGCCUUAGAACUAUGCCACGGCAACGGCCCUGGACAGGUGUUUGCUUAUAACCCAAAGGGCCAAAUACAACAUGAUCGUCUGUGCUUAACUGCACAGCACGGCAGUCGAGCUGCAUUGCUUAGUAUCUGCAAUCGUGACCAGACAACUAAUGCAAAUCAACGCUGGAUUUACAAGGAACGCUCGAUCAUCAACGUGGCAACGCGUAAAUGCCUUGAUGUUAAACCCACAGGGCAUGAUGAGCGAAACCUGUUCCUAGCGGCUACCAACGAUUGCGAUCGUGGCGCCCUGUCGCAACUAUGGACCAUGCAUAACGUUACGAUACACGGCUUCAGCUGAGGAUUAGACUGGUCCCCUGAAAGAUAGGUAAUGGCUUUGUACGUAUACGCAUGUACGACGGACUAAACUGCGAAUCUCCCGAACCACAAGGCCAUGUGAAACUAAUGGGAGGUCGAAGGUGCUAAAACGCGAUCUAUACCGUAUUUCACGAUCCUUGAAAUGAGGCGUCAGAUGUUCAGGCUGAGGAUCAUGAUCAGACUUGUCUACGUGUUAGUGACAGGCUUCCGCUGUAAUAGUGACUGUGUGGAUUGGUUUAAUUGUGAGCUCAUUGAAACCCAAAGCUAGGGCUCGAUUAGGAAAAGUAUCGAGUUUGACAUCAGCAUUCUGUUUAUUAAUAAUAAUAAUAAUAACAAUAAGACAUUUGUAAAGCGCCUAAUGCAAAAUCCUCUAAGCGCAUUAAAGAAACAACAAAAUAAACAAUUAGAGAAAGAUACAAGAUACAAAUAGGCAAAUUACAGCACAUGGUGAAACCACUCCACGAACCUUUAUGGAACAAAGUUGUGCAAUUACAAUGUACAUGCGUGUGCGAUGUACUAGACAAGAUGUCAGUACUAACAGGUGAUGAUUUUGAACUGGCGAGCACUGAAGUAAUGCGACCAUCUCGGGUGAGGUGCGAAAACCAUCCAUAGACUCAGGCACCAAACAGUUAGGGGUGAGCCUUGCAUUUUUGUUCUUCUUCAAAAUAGGCUAAACAAACUAUGAAAUCACGAGGGGAUCAGCCUUACAUUUAAGCUCAAAAAAGAACAAAAACUAUUAAAUGUGUAAAACUUGCAUUUUUGUCGAAAAUAAGCAAAAAUGGAUAAAAUCACAAAAGAAGCCUUAUCAUUUUUUUGGAUAAAAUCACGAAGGGUAAACCUAACAAUUGUGCCAAAAAAGGGAAAAAUUGAUAAAAAUCACGACGGCUACCCCCUGCAUUUUGACGAAAAUUUGCAAAACUUUCAAAGUCACAAGCCUUACAAUUUGGUCGAAACUAGGCAAGACAUUUAAAAAUAUCGCAUCCAAAUUUUUUGAAUUUUUUACCCCUUGUGAUUUUAUCAUUUUUUGCCAACUUUUGGCACAAAUGUUAGGCUUACCCCCUUGUGAUUUUUAUCAUUUUUUGGGCUAUUGUUGGCAAAAAAUGCAAGGAUUACCCCUUCUGACUCAAUCAAAGCCUUUUUUUUUCGGAAAAAAUUAAGGCUUACCCCUUUUGAUUUUGUCAAUUUGUUGCCUAUUUUCGGCAAAAAUGUAAGGCUUACAUUUCGGCAAUGUGUUGCUUACCCCUUGUGAUUUUAUUUAUAAACUUUUUGCCUGUUUUGACAAAAAUGUGAGGCUUACCCCCUGUCAAUCAAUCAAAUUUUUACCUUUUUAUCUGCAAAAAUGUAAGGUUUGAACCUUGUGAUUUCAUCAAUUUUUUUUGCAUAUUUACGGCAUAAAUGUACGACUUACUUACCUCUUGUGAUUUAAAGACAGUGUACACUAUUGGUAAUUGUCAAGGACUAGUCUUCUCACUUUGUGUAUCUCA